AUGGGGGGUGGAACACCCAUGCCAAAGAAGGGAGGAACAAAGUCCUCUAGAGCUGGACAUAAGCCUAAAAAAGGAGGAACAAAGUCCUCAAGUGCUGGACAUAAGCCGGAGGAUCACCACAAAAUGGGUGUAGUUCACCACAGGGGCAGUGGUAAGCGAUUUCGAAGGGAAGUCACGUCGAGACCGAGGCUCUGUACUUACUUGUCAACAUUAUCUGCAAGAUAUUCAUGGAGAAAUCAAACAAUUGGUCAUGCAGAUGAGUGCUCUGCUUUGAUGCAAUUCAAGCAAAGCUUUACAACAAGCAAGUCUGCAUCUUUAGAUCCUUUCGCUUAUCCGAAGGUUGCAUCAUGGAUGCAAGAAAGGACGAGGAGGAAUUGCUGCUCAUGGGAUGGUGUGGAGUGCAAUGAGGAGACUGGCUAUGUUAUUUGCCUAAACCUCAACAGCAGCUGCCUCUAUGGUUCUCUCAACUCCAGCAGCAGCCUUUUCCAACUUGUUCACUUGCAAAAGCUUGAUCUCUCAGAUAAUCACUUCAAUUUCUCCAAAAUACCAUCAAGAUUAGGCCAUAAUCUUACCGGUCUAACACUUCUCAACCUUUCACAGUCCUCAUUCUCUGGCCAAAUUCCAUCAGAAAUUUUGUACCUUUCCAAGCUGUCUACCCUUGAUCUUUCUGCUACUAGCUUUUUGGAUAUGACAUUCGAUUAUGAUCAUUUUUCAUCUUCCAAGAUUUUGGAACUGACAAAUGCCAACCUCAGAAGUAUAGUUCAAAAUCUAACCAAUAUACAACAACUUCAUCUUAAUAAGGUACACAUACUCUCCACUCUACCCGAUAUCUUUGCAAAUGCAACUUCUCUCAAAGCUCUGUAUCUUCAAAGCUGUGGUUUGUCUGGAGAAUUCCCAGUAGGAAUUUUUCAGCUACCAAACUUAGAAGUUCUUGAUCUGAUGUAUAAUGAAGACUUAACUGGUUACUUUCCUGAAUUUAACAAGAGUAGCCCCUUCAAGAAACUGAAUGUUGCGAGGACAAAUUUCUCUGGUCAUGUACCUGCUUCAAUUGGAGACCUAAGCUCCUUAAGAGUACUUGAACCUCGCAUUAUGUAA